UAUUGACACAGCAGUUUCAGCCUGGGCUGCAUGCGCACAGGAGAGCACACAAACACGGGCCGGGAUUACAUUAUCGGCAAAGGAGGACAAUGAAGGAUUAAAAGGAAGGAACGAUGAAAGAGUGAUGAGGAGCAAAGCACUAAAUGAAAGUAAAACAGAGAAAGAAGGGAAGGCGAGCUCACACACCGCAGAGGUCUAGAAACAUGGCGGAAUGCUGCUGCCGACGCCGGCGGAGGGAUUUUCAGAAGUGAAGUUCUGAGUCACAAGGAACUGAAAUUGAAACAGAGAAAAGCACACAAGGUGUUGCUCUCAAAGGACCAAAUAUUGCCCUCAAGGUGGACGCCUGAUUCUGAUUUGGCAGCGAUCGGAGUCUGGCCUCCCACCCUAGCCUCAAAUGAGGGAUUACUGUUGCCAUGGGAACAAGUAAGUCCAACAGGUACAGCAUCGUCUCAAACAACUUACCGGAGGAGGAGCGCCUGAAGAUCUGCAGCUUGGAUCUCCACAACGGUCGCAGGUCCUCCAUCGUCCCCUUACACUGCGCCACAGAACCAGAGAACAGGAAGAGGAGGAGGAGGUCGGGCGCCUCCGCUGCUGCGCCCGGCACGAGGGGACGAGGAGGUAUGACCAACUCCAACGGGAGGGUUCUGACGAGGGGCUCCAGCCAGGUCCGGAGCCGCUUUGUGAAGAAAAACGGACAAUGUAACGUGGUCUUCACCAACAUGGAGGAGAAGAGGCGGCGCUACCUGGCAGACAUUUUUACCACCUGCGUGGACAUCCGCUGGAGAUACCUGCUCUUCAUGUUCUGCACCAGCUUCAUCAUCUCCUGGCUUUUCUUCGCCAUCAUCUUCUACGGCGUGUCUCUGUCACAUGGGGACUUCCAGGAGCCCGUCCUGGUGAAGAACGGCGGACUAGCAGCAGGGGGGCUGUAUGCACCCCCCUCCGGACACCAGACCAAACGGAUGCCCUGCAUCCUCCACGUGCAGGGCUUUGUCGGUGCCCUCCUGUUCUCCAUGGAGACCCAAACCACCAUCGGUUACGGCUGGCGCUGCGUGACCGAGGAGUGUCCCGUGGCCGUCAUCACCGUCGUGGCUCAAUCCAUCGUGGGCUGCAUCAUCGACUCGUUCAUGAUCGGCACCAUAAUGGCCAAGAUGGCGCGACCGAAGAAGAGGAACCAGACCCUGGUGUUCUCCAAGAAUGCGGUGGUUUCGCUCCGCGACGGCAAACUGUGCCUGAUGUGGAGGGUGGGGAACCUGCGGAGGAGCCACAUCGUGGAAGCUCACGUGCGGGCGCAGCUCAUCCGUUCCUACGUGACGGUGGAAGGUGAAUUCAUCCCCUUGGAGCAGAUGGACCUCAACGUGGGCUACGACGAGGGCACGGACCGGUUGUUCCUGGUGUCCCCGCUGGUCAUCGUCCACGAGAUCGACAAAGACAGCCCCUUGUACGCUUUAAGCCGAGCCGACCUGGAGACCGAUGAAUUUGAGAUUGUUGUCAUCCUGGAAGGGAUGGUGGAGGCCACGGCUAUGACCACGCAAUUCCGGAGCUCCUAUCUUUCCAGGGAGAUCUUCUGGGGCCACAGGUUCGAGCCCGUCAUUUAUGAGGACCGCAACUGCUACAAGGUGGACUACGCCCGCUUCCACAAGACGUACGAGGUGCCGUCAACGCCCGAACUCAGCGCCAAAGAGCUGGACGAGGCGGCGGGGCGGAACUCCUGCGUGGUUUCCCCCGCUUCGCCGUGCGUGUCCUCGAAAAGCCUGAUCCCUCGCUCCGUCAGCACCUUCUGCUACGAGAACGAGGUAGCGCUGAGCUGCGGGGAGGAGGAGGAGGACAUCUUUGACUCCUCUCAGCUGGCCGGGAAGGAGAGAGUCGAGGAGAGACGGACUUCUGUGGACUUCCACAAUAUGUUGAAGGACACGUCCACCAUGACGUCUGGGAGUCACAACGUCAUGUGCGUUCUGGACAUGGACAACAACCAGAUGGAGUUUGACAUCCUGCAGACCGCCAUACCUCUCGAUCCGGUCACCUACAAGAGCGAGCCGGAGAUGUAAGGAGCUGAGGGAGGAAGAGGAAGAUUUUCCGUAAGCUGUGCGGUUUUGGCUUUAAUAUCGGAAAUCCCUUCUGCCUUGUCGGUGUUGAGUCUGUGGCGGUCCUGGGAGUCGUGUACAGCUUCCAAAGUUGACUAAUCCAUUCUGAAGUACCUUUGUCAGAGGAAAUUAUUAUGAAAAAUGCAAAAAAAAUGCUUCCUUCAAUGUUCUGGGUGGUUUUAUUACUUAUUACUUACCAUAUUUUUCCAUUAUAUAAUUAUGGUUGAACUCCAUUGGAUCGCAGCAUCCAGCUGUGGAGAUCCAGGUUACAGGAAUCAAAGGGAAGAUGCUGGAGUAAAGUCUCUGGAGAAGUGCAAUAAGGUUCUACUUGAGGAGGAUAAAGUCAAGUCAUUAAGUCAUAAAGUCAUCAUAAUUAUUGUGGAUUUUGUUAUUUAAAACGGUUUUGGUGUCUCGUUGAGUUAUUUCACUUGUGUAGGUGAAAGUACCGUAUUUUCAGGACAAUAAGUCACACUUUUUUUUCAUAGGUUGGCUGUUCCUGCCACUUAUACUCCAGAGCGACUGGAAAAAAAUGAAAAAACACCUUUUCUGUUUAUGUUUAUUUUUUGUGUAGCUGAAUAAGCAUUGUGUUAGCAUAGCUUACACCUAUUCAGCCUGUUAUUAUUAUUUUAUUAUUGUUAGAACUUGCCUUCCAAAAGGAUGUAAUGUGUGUUUUGGUCAAGUAGUCAAAUAAAUUACCCGCAAAACAUUAAUUAUGGAUAUAAUUAUGCAUUUUUGGCCUUGUGCGACUUAUACUCGGGAUCGACUUAUAGUCCAGAAAAUACGGUAUAUCUUUAGUUCUUUUAUUUUUGUUGAACUUGUUUGGGUCUGUGAUGUCGCUGUGGAUGAGAUGCUGAAACAGGGGUGUCCAAAGUGUGGCUACGGGACCAAUUGCAGUCCACGCCUGUUUUUUUUUUUUUUGUUUUUUUUUAAUAUGGGCCAUGGCACAUUGUUCAAAUAGAAUUUUACAAGAAAAUGUAAAAAAAAAUAAAAAAUAAAAAUCUCGUCCAUCCUCGCUUUUUCACCUGUAUCAAGAAGUUAUUAGCAUAUUAUACAAACUAGCAACGUGACCCUUUCAUUUGUCAGUUUGUGGACACCAAACAUUUUGUAGGCUUUAAAACUACCAUCAUCUAUUUUUGUAGUCUUGUAGUCAAAUGCAGCUUUGCAAGCAAAAAGGCAAACACCAAAAUGACUGCAGUAUACAGCCCCCGCCCCCCACACACACCCACCCACAGUCGCCAUUCACCCUAAGUUGGUAUACUGUUGAAAUACUGGUAAUACAGUACAUGGUAAUACAGGUCACACACAUAGGAAAAAAAAAUAUUUUUAUGGGCAUUUCUCCACAGAUCUACUGUACACGCUAUUGUAUUUGCAAAGCCCUCAAGUACUCUGGAUUUGUAUUUUUAUUUUAUUUUAGUGGUGAAGGCAAAAUGAUAUUUUAUGUAAGAAAGUAUUUAAGUCUUCCUGCUUUGUUUUCCAACUGCACACUGGCAUUAUCUUCUAUCAAUCAACUAAGUUGACAAAAGCACUUUAAUGUACCAUGUUUACCUUUUGGUGUUAUCAAUAAACAUUUGUAUUAAUCCGAAAUCAAUAGUGAUGUUUAUGUUUGCUGUUCCAUUUUUCGCCAUUAGAUGUCGCUGCAUCCAUUGCCAACGCAGGAGCUUCAAUGGAGGAGC